AACAAAAAAGAGUCCAAGCCAGCAUAAAGGGUUGGAUUGUUGGUGUUUCACCUUGCAUUGGUAAAAAACCCUCAAGAUGCUCUUGUAGUUUGGACUUUUGCUUCUGUCUUGUUUCAUGGAAAGUGGGAGGAAGGUCUUAAAUUUGCUAGAGAGCAUGCAAAUAUGCAAGUUACAUUUGUUCCUGAAAUUUCAGGGUUUUCUGUAACAAAAUCUGAUGAAGACAUUGCCAAAGAAGUUGCUCAGCUAGCAUCUUUGGCACAAGAUUCUAUAUGUGCCUUAACUGAGAAAGAACGUCUGUUUGAAUUAAUGUCCAGAUACCCUUUCUCCCCAUGCUCCGGUUUGGUAUUUAUACCCAAAAGAAUAGGUAACCAUGUUGCUCAAAUAUUCCACGCACUAACAUGUGAUAUUCAAUCUUAUGAGGAUGAAAGAGAGAGUCUCACCAUCAAUUACAGCUUGCUUGGGAAGGGAAAUCCAUUCGAGACAAGAUUUGUGCUAGGCAAAAUUGUUCUGGAAACAUUGAUUGGUGGGCUUGUUGAAGGAGAGACGAGGACUGCCAAUGAUGUGUACCCAGAGGCCACUGAGAGUCUGUUAAAAGAUCAACUUCAGGUCAAGAAGGGUAAAAAACGCAGUCGAUCCCUAGCUGAACCAGAGCAACAGAUGGUGAAGAAGCCAAAGAAACAAGAGGUGGUCGACAAAGAAAAAUUCCAGGACAUUGCUAAGAUGCACAGCAAGGCAGUCCAGAUUUGCCGUUUGUCUGAAGAGAUUAAUGCACUUAAGGGAAACCAAUUGGAAGAGAUAGAAAGUUAUUCAUCAAAUGCUGUGGAGGCAAAGAAAUUGGAAAAGUUAAGUUCUCCCUCAUCAACUAAGAAGAAAACUCGAAGCAGGCGCCAAGGUGGAGCUGAGAAGCACAAAACAUUCAACAGGAGGAAGACUGAAAAACCAAAGGAAGUAGUGGUUGGUAAGAAAGACGACCGGCCUUCUCUUUCAAGUCUCUUCAAGAAAUAGUUGUCCUUCAUUUUGAAGAUUGCGUGCUAGAUCAUCAGGUACAGCAUCACCAUGAAACUAACUAACUGGUAAAAUUCAGAGAAAUGACAGACAGCUCUCCCCCUAGUUACCAAGUUUCGGUUAUUAUCAAUGCAAUUUGAUAUUAUUUUUUCUCAAAAAUUUUGUAUCUGCAUGAGGGUAAUAACUUAUUAUGUUUCCAUCUUUAUAGUUUUCAUGGCUUUUUCCUUGGCCAAUUGUAGUAUUCA